AUGUCAUUGGAACUCUCUAAACUCCACACUGGUUUUCUCGCCUCGCCUCCCUUCGUCCUUGUAUUUGGAAUGUUGAUCAGAGUCUGCCACAUUAUUCCGCAAUCUUCAUAUAGGUCUUAUCAUAGUCUGUCUCUUGCCCCUAAGGAUCCGCCCCCUUCAUUUCUGGUUCAGGUAUUUCACUCGAUCCCUGCCACCCUAUCUGUACAAUUCGAAGCGUUAUUUCCUGCAAUUUCUUUACCCUUUGCUGGCAUGCUUACUACCGCCUCGCUGAGUGGCCCCCUAAAAAUCAAGAUUUUCAAGCUGGACGAGAGUCUAACUUGA